AUGACAGAAUUACUAUUAGACCCAAAUAUUAGAUUAUGGGUUUUCUUGCCAAUCGUUAUCAUCACUUUCUUGGUUGGUAUUGUAAGGCACUAUGUAUCAAUUAUAUUGUCUUCCCAGAAGAAGAUUGAACUCCUGCAAGUUCAGGACAGUCAAGUGAUGAUACGCGCUCGCCUGUUGCGUGAAAACGGCAAGUAUCUGCCGAAACAGUCAUUUGCUAUGCGUCGUCACUGGUUCAAUAAUGAGGAAACUGGUUACUUUAAAGUACAGAAACGAGCUGCUACUUCACAGAACCCAAUGACUGACCCUGGCAUGAUGACAGACAUGCUGAAAGGCAAUGUUACUAAUGUGCUGCCUAUGAUUGUCAUUGGAGGCUGGAUCAAUUGGAUGUUCAGUGGUUUCCUUACCACCAAAGUGCCUUUCCCUUUGACACUUCGUUUCAAGCCAAUGCUGCAGAGAGGGGUUGAACUUGCAUACCUAGAUGCGUCAUGGGUGUCCUCCGCCUCGUGGUAUUUCCUGAACGUAUUCGGUCUUCGCACGAUAUACGCCCUCGUAUUGGGAGAGAAUAAUGCUGCUGACCAAUCUAAAAUAAUGCAAGAACAGAUGUCAGGUGCCGCGAUGGCGAUGCCCCCAGACCCGAAGGCUGCUUUCAAGGCCGAGUGGGAAGCCCUGGAGAUCACAGAGCACCGGUGGGCAGUCGCUACUGCGGAGUCGGACUUGCUCAAUAUUAAAGAUGAAUAUUAA